AUGGUUGAGAAAGGUUUGACUCCUAAUGUUGUCACUUAUACAACAUUGGUUGAUGGCCUGUGUAAACGUGGUGAGGUAGAUAUAGCAAAUGAACUUCUUCUUGAAAUGUCUGAGAAGGGCCUUCAACCAAAUGUCUGCACAUAUAUUGCACUAAUCAAUGGUCUUUGUAAGGUAGGAAAUAUAGAGCAAGCCAUAAAAAUUAUGGAAGAAAUGGAUCUGACGGGGUUUUAUCCUGACACUAUUACAUAUACACUCUGGACGCUUAUUGGAUGUUCGAAGAUGAUUUAUAAGAGGAUGUAUGCUCAAGGAGUGAUGCCUGACAAUAAUACCUAUAAUAUUUUGAUUAAGGGGCACUGUAAAGCUAGAAAUAGGAAAGAGGCAUGGUUUUUGCAUAAUGAAAUGGUUGAAGAGCGAUUUAGUCUAACUGUUGCUUCCUAUGAUGCUCUUAUAAAGGGUUUCUGUAAGAGGAAAUUUGUGCAGGCUAAGAAGCUAUUUGAGAUGAAACUCAAGGCUUUGUUGUAG